AAGUGGGAGGCGAUUAGACUUUAUUAUUUUCGGCUGUCUGAACCUCCUCCACCACCGCGAGCCCCCGUUUCUUUUGUGCUCCUUUCGAACGCCUCGCGGGGCUGCUGCUCGGCCGCGCGCACGCACGCGAGUCUGCAGAAUCCAUGCAGCUCCUCCUCGAGGGGGUCGCGGUGACUGAGAGCCCCCACCCCCUCGUCGUCCCCUCCACCCCCCGGCUCCUCCUGCGCCCGCCCCGGCACCGAUUGUUGACAAAAGACGCUGCGAGACGGAGCGAAGGAGCCCGGACCCCGGUACUGGUGUGGCCGAGGUGAUUCGGUUGUCGGUGGUGGUCGGACCGCAGCAGGCCGGCGUGAAGUGGACGCCCCCCCCCCACCCCCUCUUCCAUCCUCCUCCUCCUCAUCUUCUCUCUCCUUCCUGUAGUGAAAACCACCCGUGAUUGGUAUUUACCGACAAAAGCAGCGGCCGAGAUGGGUCACUCACUGUGAGUGGAAGCGCCAGACCAGCGUUACAGGAGGAGGCGGCGGCGGCGGCCUUGGGCAGGUCUAUUCAGCCGGGAAUGGUGUGAGCUGAGACGGCCAGGCAGUCUGGAUUUGACCGGGGACCCGUCAUUCCCCAGGAGCCUCCGCGGCUCUAAGCCGCGUCCUGAGCCCUCCAAGAUGGGGAAGUGCGACGGAAGAUGCACGCUGCUGGUGAUAUGUUCACUGCAGUUGGUGGCAGCCCUUCAGAGGCAGGUGUUUGAUUUUCUGGGCUACCAAUGGGCUCCCAUCCUGGCCAACUUCCUGCACAUUAUGGCCGUCAUCCUGGGCAUGUUCGGCACUGUGCAGUUUCGCUUCAGAUACCUCAUCUUUUAUGCAGUAUGGCUGGUCCUUUGGGUGGGUUGGAACUCAUUCAUCAUCUGUUUCUACCUGGAGGUUGGAAACCUGUCUCAGGACAGGGACUUUCUCAUGACGUUCAACACAUCCCUUCAUCGUUCGUGGUGGAUGGAGCAUGGUCCUGGUUGCAUGGUUACGCCAGUGCUAGACUCUCGCAUGGCCCCUGAUGACCACCAUGUCAUCACUGUCUCCGGGUGUCUCCUUGACUACCAGUACAUAGAGGUGUUGAGUUCAGCCAUUCAGAUCCUAUUGGCUCUCUUUGGCUUUGUGUACGCCUGCUAUGUGAGCAAAGUCCUCCAGGAUGACGAGGACAGCUUUGAUUUCAUUGGUGGCUUUGACUCGUAUGGCUACCAGCCUCCUCAGAAGUCCUCUCAUCUGCAACUGCAGCCUCUUUACACGGCUGGUUAACUGUUGGUAGCGCCCCCUUCAGGCCAAACCCUGACGGUGUCACUGUGGAUGGAAAGCGGCGGUUGCCUUGAUUACACUCACUCUGUGUGUCACAGUUUACCCGAGGAAUGGACUUACCCCACCUGGAGGGAGAGACGUCUGUGCGUGUGUGCAUGUGUGCUUGUGUCUGAGAAAGAGAAAUACAGCCCUGAAUAGAAUGUACAGAGCUCAGGGACGAACCAGCAUGCCAGGUGGUGUGAUAAGAUGAAGGAGAAAGGAGGAGGCAGGGGAGGAGAGAUACAAGAGAACAAGAGCUGGGGACACCUCUGUCAAAUCACAGAAGACACACUUCACUAAACUGCCAGCUCUCAACACUCCCACAAGUGUGUGUGCGUGUGUGUGUGUGUAAUGUGUGAUUGUGUAACUCCAUAGGACUAGCUGGUGCUUUGUGGUUGCACCCUGGACGCUAACCACUCGGUGUCCCUGUGAAUGAUUUUUUUGGGGGAGCUCGUGUGUGGGUGUGGGUGUAGGUGUGGGUGGGGUCACAUAAUAAAAAGAGGCACGGCUCGUACCUGUUGUCGUUUUAGAAUGUGGUGAUGUCAAACUAGAGCAGUCUUACGAUUCCAUUCCCAAAGCCAUCUUUCCUUCCUCCCAUGCCGUUAAAACCACUGUUGACAUUCAAGCUUUUUACAUUACAGCCUUCGCCUGCUGAGGUAGGAAAACAGAGCUGGUGGAGCGGAAAGGAUGAACCGCUUAAAGGAUCAGGCUGGCAAUAUUUUAUAAAAUUUUUUAUUGUCCAAAACCAACAAUGCGUUCAUCUGUCUCUCAAUACUUUUUUCCUUUUCAGAGAUGUAAAUCUUUAAAAAAAAUGAGUCACGGAAAUAUACUUUCAUUUUAAAAAAAAAAAUCUAAAUAAUUUCCUAAAACAGUAGAUUUUAGCACAUCUAACGCAAACCGCAGUAAGUAGUGCAUUUGUUUAGGACUAUUUAGAUGCGCCAGCGAGUAUUUACAGCAGCAGGACGGUGUAUGUGGGAUCAUCUCUAAAUAAACUACAGUGCCUGACUACAUCAUAAUGAAGGAAAGUGUCACCCAGGGCAACAGUGGGGCUCACUGAUGCGUUUUUAAAGGUUUUGGACAACAUUGGAUUUCACAGAGGAAUACGCUCCAUCAGGUUUGUUAGUGGGAUUAAUUCAUUGUUGGUUUUGGUCUUUUCAUGCGAUUUGUUGACGAUAAGAAAAAUAUAGAAUAUGACCAACCUUAUCCUUUAAAGUUCUGGGUUACUGCAAAAAUCAAGUCAAAUGUCCACUGCCAGGAUAUUUUGUUUUCAGGAAAAUAAAUUCAGCCUAAUGUACAUGUAAUGUUGUUGAUUAGGGAUGCAGAUGGCUUUGGGAUCAGGCAUUAGUGUGUCUAUGGUGGGGGUGGGGGUGGGGGGAUACUGUGCAUGUAAAUAACCAGCCAAUGAUUGUUUUGUUGGUUUAGAAAAGGAGGGUUGCAUUAGUGGGUGGGUAGUGCUGGGGGAGAUGGGUACACAUCAAAGUUUUUCUUCAUACCCAUUUCUCUUGUUCUCUCUUUUUGGAUAUCCUCGUGCUGCCCUCUUCGAACCCAUCUGCAGAUAAUUCUCCCUAUCGUCUUUCUCACUAACUACAUUCACAGCGAUAAAGGAGACCUAAGAGGUAGACAUGUCAUGAACAUGCACGGUGACAUGCUCUGAGUAGUUUUUGUAGAUGUAAUUGGAGACAGGAAGAGGCAAGGAGGGAGACAGGUAUGAGGUGAAGGCCUUAUUGAGUGUAAGGUGAAGUUUGAAAUAAUAAAAAUACACUUUCUACAUUAAA